UGCAAAGAAUCCAGAAGCUUCCAUGCUUUUCAUUUUUCAGACCGAUUUUGGUCCGAAUAUAGUAGAAAAAAUCCAGAAACUUCUUCCAGUGCACAUUUUUAUUCUUUUCAUUUAAGGAUAUUACCAUCUUCUCAUGUUCUAAAUCCAUUCCUGCGAAAACCAAUUGCAUGUACAUCGACCCUACAGUCCCUUGGAACCACAAAACCAUCGAUUGUCUAUCUGAAAUUAUCUUACGAUGCAGCAGUGGCUGGCGUGCAAGCAACAGGGGCGUGAUUGCAGGAUCAGGCGCGCAGAGGAGGGGCGUGGGGUGCUGAUGAUGGCUCGGGCGUGCAGGGGCAUCAUUGCCGGCAGUGGGGCGCAGCAGGGCAAGCAGAGUGUAGGCGAUCUGGGCUGUGUGCAGGGUAGGUGCAGACUGGUUCGUGCAGAGGGGGGGUGCCUGGUUCGGGUGUGAGGCUAGGGUGCAGGGGCAAAGGGGGAAGAAGAAAGUUCUGGAGGAGAGAGAGGACGGAGACCUUUUCACCCCUUUUUUUUUUUUGGGUUUGUUUAGCUCCCAGCACAUGCCACUCACCUGCUUAGUGUCCGAACAAGUGAAUGGAGUCAAUUAUGCAUCUCAUGCAGGGGUUUAUGGUGUUGGGAUUCUAGUUGGCAAUACUGUUCACGUCGUGAGCACUGUUCACGGGUACUGUUCAUAGGCACUGUUCACACACCGAGGGUCAAUGAUUAGCGGGGAUUUAAAGGAUUAGUUUGUGAUAUAAGAAUAAGUUUGGAGAUGUCCGGUUGUGUGGAGAUUAAUAGAAAUAGCAUCGAGAUUAGGGGUAGUCCCGAUGAUGAUUUUACUUUGAAUUUGUGGAAUAUUGUGAUUAGGUUUUGAUCGUUCUGUCACCGUAGCACUUGGGUUAGCCUUCUGUUCUGUGCGAGUGAGGUAAGUAAAUUAUGGUAAAGCCCUUUGAUUUUAAAGCAUGUUUUAAACUGUUUUUGAGAUGGUGGCAAGCUUUAAAUUGAUUUUAUCGGCAUUUGAGUGAGAUUAAACUGGAAUGCAAAUUGUGAUGGGUUUUAUGGGAAAUUUCCUUGUUUUUCUGAAAUUGAGCAUGAUUGGAAUGAAAAUGAGGAUUUUAUUGAUUUUCUGGAAUUGAGCAUGAUUGAAAUGAAAAUGAGAGUUUCAUUGUUUUUCGGGAGUUGAGCAUGCCUAUUUAGAAAUUGACUGAACUGUUUUGAUGAACUGAGAGUUUUUGUAAAUUCUGAGUUUUCUGUUAAAUCCAUGGUCACAUGGAAAUUUUCCGGUUUGUUCUGAAAUUCGGGAUUGAUUGUGAAAUUCGGGUUUUUCUGUAAAUCCUGCAUGGUUUUGUCUCGGAUAUAGUUAUGAUUACUAACGCUCGCUAGUGGGAGCUGUAAACGCUAGCACAUGUCGACAUGUAUUUCUGUAGAACCGGUUCACCCUACCAAUAGGGUUAAACAUUUGGUACUAUUACUGACGCCUGCCAGUGGGAGUU